AAAACAUCUGUCACCCCCCAGAAGCGAUCGCGCGGAAAAAAGCAGCCUUCAACCGACCCAGACGCCGAAGCAAACGACAACGACGAAGGAAGCCCCACAAAGAGAUCCAGAAAGUCCCCCGGCAAGAAGAUGACUGUUCUGGGUCCGGUGCCGGCAAGCUAUGAGGAGGCUGGUCCAGAGGACAGGAUGAUUCUGCAUAUGAAGGAGAAUGAGGGGAAGGGCUGGGGUGAGAUACAAAAGGCGAUUGAAGAGGUUACUGGAAAUAAGCUUGUAGGUAGUACGCUUCGGGUGCGCUAUAUGAAGUUGAAAGUCAAUUUCGUUGUUUUUGAGAAAGAAGAUGAGCAAGUUCUCAUGCAGUCGAAGAAAGAGAUCGAAGACAAGUUCGAGGUGGAAAAGUGGCAGAAGAUCGCUGGUUCUAUUGAGUCCAAGACUGGCAACAAGUAUCCUUCUUCUGCCGUGCAAAAGAAGUAUAAGGAGCUAAACAAAAAGUCGAACGGAAAUGGUGUUGCGGUCAAAGACAAGGAGUGA